AGUUGGAAGUAAACGGUUCGGUCUUUAGCAAAGCCAAGAGUUUAUGAAGCCUGGAAAACUUAAAUACAUGAACUAGUAACUACCUCGCAGUUGUGCUAAUAUACAGUACAGAGGCUUAUUGUUACGCAUCUGCUUGACGCGCUGUGAUUGGCUGGACUGUGACGUCACGCGCAACUGCGGGGCCAAAAAAAAUCUGUUGAGAGCGACGGAGAGUGUGUUUGUCUCUAGUCCCAGAAAAAACGCUGUGAAGUUUUCCCAGUGACAAACAGCGAACCCACGAACGACUCCGGAUGACAGAUCGCUCCGACGCCUCUUUCCCUCUCUGCUCCAAGCGUGACUCCUCACCGACGUAAGGCUCGUGGGGUUUUCACGCCGAAACCAACUGUGCGGGAUCACGUCUCACCUCGAAGUUCCCAAGAUGAACUUCGAUCCGGUGGUCGGAAAACUUUAUGUGCUGCUAGCGCUCUGCGGCGUGCUGCUGUGCCGUGCGGCAGAUCCGUCAGGACACCGCGGCUUCGGCGGCGGCACCAGCAACCUGACCCUCAGAGCCUGCAUGGAGAACGAGCAGUACCCCCACCAGCGCCUCUGCUGCCAGAACUGCGAGGCCGGAACCUACGUGGCUCAGAACUGUAAAAGAGACCAAGAUAAAGGCACCUGUCUUCCCUGCGACCCCGGACAGACCUACACGGAGCACUCCAACGGGAUGAACCGCUGUCUGCCGUGCACCCACUGCCGCUCAGAUGAGAUGGAGACGGCGAAGUGCACCACCACCACAGACACCAGGUGCCAGUGCAGGCCGGGGACCUUCUGCGUCCCGGACCAGGCCUGCGAGGUCUGCAAGCGCUGCGCCAGAUGCAAAGCGUGGGAGGUGGAGGUGAAGCCAUGCACCCCCUUUUCCAACACGGUGUGUCGCCCACAAAACCCGUCCCCCACCAAGAGCUCGUCCACGCCGCCUCCGCCGACCCCGUCGGCUCCCGCAGACAUUGUCACUCCUAUAUGCAUUUUCCUGGCCAUCGUCCUCAUCCUCAUCCUCUGCCCGGUUGUGUGGUGGUUCAUAAUAAAGCAGCAGCCGUGUGAAGUGCCAUGUUUAAAAAGCCGCUGCGACUCCAGUGAGAUAGUGAAGAUUCCUAUUGACGAGAGCGGCGCCACGGCGGAGGAGAGGCAGAACGACCAGAACGCGGGGCUGGAGGGGGAGGAGGCGCGGCCCGAGUCCAGGCCGCUGCUGCAGGAGACCCAGCCGGGCACGACCAAGGCCCCUCACCUGGAGGACGAGGACCGAGGCCUGGGCGACAGUCUGCCCAACACCACCAGCUCGUCUCAGACCAGCCUGUCGGCGCUGCCCACGGCGGCCUCCUCCGGAAACACGCCCCACCACAGCCCCGGCGGCUUCAGGCCGCCGCCCGGAGACGUGGACGAUCCGCUGCGACGCCGAUUGGUGCCACUGCUAGGGUCUGAAAAGUCUCUGAAGAAGAGCUUUGAUCUGUUCGACGAGUACCUGGACGUGCGGAUCCACAACAAGUUCUUCAGAAUGAUCGGCGUCAGCGACAACCACAUCCGCAUCGCGGAGAGCGGCGCCGCCGGCGACAAGGUGUACGAGCUGCUGAAGAACUGGAUGCAGCGGCAGGGGCUCAAGGCGGACAUCAACGACCUGCUGGACGCCCUGCUGAGCCUGGACCAGCGCCGGUCGGCCGAGAGCAUCGCCUCGGCGGCGCUGCAGCGGAGCUACUACAAGCACGCGGACUCGCCCUGAGGCCCCGCCCACCGCCCGCGCUCAAGCACUUCACGAGACGGAGGCCGAGCCCUCGCGCCUCCAAAAAGCCAGUAGAUUUUAAAAGACAAACGGACAAAAGGGGGGGGGCGAAGGCCGAGCCGCGUCGGCCGGAGCUCCUCGGAUUUUUGACUCGUUGCCAAACGCCGACGUGCAAAAUGAAGAGAAAAACCUCAACAACAAAAAAAAAAGGUUUCGUUGUCAAUUUCGGCCACCUGAGACGAAGGCGUCGACGUCCACAGGCGGAAACAGCCGCAGGUUUCAGGCCCUGCUGAAGCCUGAAAGCUAAGAAGUCCCCACCCAGAUCAGCGAACACUACCUGGGGAAAAAGCUAUACACUGGUUUGUAGGAGUGACCGUAGCUACGUCACUGACGCUGUGCCUCCUCCACGCACUGACCUCUGGCACAUGUAGGACCCAAAACUACAGUCAAUAUUUGGUGGUUUCGUAGAUCCAGACUCUUCUGAAACCGUCAUUUCAGGCCACGCGCCGUCUCCUGCCUGACGGGAAGCGUCGUCCUUUUGAUGUGCAGCCCUACUAAUCGUAGACUUUACCUCGAUGAUCUCAGUUUGACUUGGAUCCCGUCGUGUCCGGCCGUCGGAGCGACUCGGAUCGAGUGGAAGUAGAAACGCUUGUUGCUCUGUCUUUAUAUGUUCAGUGUUACUUUCACGCACGCGACACUGCAGAAGGAAUUUCACGAGUUGGUUCUGUUACAGCUGUUAAGUUUUCCGCAACGUCACCUUUUUAGGAGAAAGUUCAAAGGUCAUUUUAUUUAUUGACGUAUUUAUUUUGAAUAAUUAUCUUCCAAUAUUUAUACCACUGCCCAAAUCCGCUCCGUUUUGAGGUCGAGAUGUUUCGCUACAGGCCCCAAAAAAAGAUGAAAAUGACUGAGAUCCCCUUUUAUUUUUAAGAUGUGAAAGGAAACUCUGCAACAUUUCAGUCCACACACGCCGUUUCCUCCUAAACCACAUGCAGCAGGUAGAGGAGAGGGUGAGGCGAGCCUUGGGAUGAGGUGCAGGUACGGAUCGGUCUGAAGGAAACGAGCCGCGGUUCGUUCUCGCGUGCGUGCAGACGUCUAGAAAAACCAUAGAAGCCAUGUGUAUUUGUAAAAGUUUGCCCGUGUUUCUGCAAUUUCUUAUGUACAAAGUGAAGAGUUAGAGUUUUAUAUUAUUGAGUGAUGCUACAGUGCCGGCACUGCCAUCUAUUGACAGACAAUGAAAACAGCCUGCAUCAAUUUCUAGGGACCCUCCACGUCGCCUCCUCGCUGAACAUUAUUUUCUCGGGAGCUGCUGUUUCCUCCUGGCCUCUUCCACAGUAGCUUAGCAGUGAAUAGGUUUUAGUUGCUCGUUCUCCGUUCUGAGCAGUUCAGCGGUGCCGUUAAGCCGUUUCGCCCCCUUGGUUAUUGUUUGCUCGUCAUGGGUUUCAGAUAUAAAUUAUGCAAAGACAAGCCAGCUGUUUCUGUGUCAGUUUCGAAUAAAUGUUUUGUACAGUU